AUGAUGCCAUGGACGAAUUCUCUCCACGAAGAUGACCUCCAGUCCUUCGAAAACAAUACAGAAGAUGGCGCACCGCCGUCAAGCACCGAAGACGAAAAGGAGGCAACGCUCACCACUGAGUCCUCGCAGGUGCAAAGUGCCCCACCUCCACGUAAAACCGGGUCCAAAGUGGGUGCGGGUCUCGCGGUGUUGCUGCUGGUGGCGAUGGGCGCGCUUGCUGGCGCAGCAGUGCACCCUGCAGCGCGAGAAAAGGGCUUGUUAGGAAAAGCGCCGCAGCCGCUGCAUCCCCCGGGAGAGCUGCAGAGUUUGGCGGAGGCGAAGAAAGAGGAGGAGCGUCCGGGCGCGCAGGUGGGGAGAAAACCUGGAGAGCGGCCUCGAGAAGGCAGUGCGAAAGCUGCACAAAAGUUGAAAGCCCCGAAGCCAGUAGUCACGGCUGAAGAAAGGGCUCUGCUCCAGGCGAAGCUGAAGAAGAUGCAGGAACUCUCUACGGCUGCGGAAGGCCUGGCUUGUGCAAUUCAGACGCAGAAGGCGGAGAAAGUUGCAGACGAAGUGGAGAGCCACGUCAAGAAGGCAGAGGCACUCAUCAACAAGCCAGGAAGAGAAGACAGCGUCGAAAAGUGCUUUCGGAAGGCUUUGAAGCAGCUGCAGUCCUUGGAUCUCAUGGCCUUGGGAAGAGGGGAAUCCCUCGCGGCUUCAGCUGCGAAACUGCCAGAGUUCCCCACUCUGUGGGAAGCCAUUUCUGAUAUUAUCCAGUACAUCUCCCCCACAGGUAUGCUUGAUCAUGAAGACACGCUGCACCGGCUGCUGAUCAUGUUCAACUCCAUGAGUUCUGCUUCAGUGGAGAUGCGCAAGUACUUCGAGCAAACGAAUGAAGCGUUCCUGAGCAGGAAGCGAUUUGAAAGCGAAAAUGACGGCGCGUUUUUGACAGAAAACACAGAAAACAUCUAUUUCAUGGACAGUUUCAUAGAGUCGGAGAAGAAGUUUUGCGUACUUGGUGGAAAACUGAAAGAGUGCAUAUAUGACGGCCUCAGGGCGAAGGGGUUGAAAGCGCUCGAAGACCAACUAUUGCCUCUUCAGGAAGACUUCACGAACACCCAGAUACGCCUGGAAAUGGCUAAAAACAAAUAUAACGCGGGAGACGAGGUUUCACACGAAACAGAAUCGUCACUGCGAUCCGCAGAAGCGAAAUUUGAGGAGGCGCAUGACUUGAUAAUUAAACUGCGCGACCAGGUCGAAAUGGUUGAAAGAAAAUCGCACCAAGAAGCUUUUGAGGCUUAUCAAGUUGCUCAAGAAAUGGCCGCAAAGGCCCGCGCACUCGUGAACGAUCUAAAAUCUGUAGCUGACUCUCUAGAGGGGCUCUCAGGUGACCCCGAAAGCCUUAGCAAAGAGACGCUUAAAGGCAUGGCCAAACACAUUCAUGACGCAUGCAUUUUCGAGAGUGAUGCAGCGACCCGUUUCCUGGAAAGCGUGAGAUGCAGGGCUGCCAGAGGCGUGUACGUCGGCAACCAGUCCUUGACAGAAAUGUUUCACGUGCUCCAAGCGGAAGUUUUCGACGAGGUGCUAAGCCAAAUGCGGUCAAUCAAAAGCAAAGUGGGAACAAUCGUGAGCCAGUCUUGGGCUGCUUUCCAUCAGUCGCAGGCAGCAAAUGAUUCAGCAGCUGCUCUGGAUGCUAUGAAAACACUGACAAAAGUUCUGGCACAGUUAGUGAACGCAAAAGCAGAGGCCCGUUUGCUUGUGCUCGAUAGCAAGUUAUUGGACUUGUUGGAGGAGGAUAUGGAGUUACUCCAAAAAGCGAGCAACUAUGCCAGAGUACGCGAAUUCCCUAACCAAUCUCGUGUUGCAGAGCUCAUGGAAUUCUACGAUGCAGACUUUGAGAACGCAAACACCGCUGCAGUUGAGGCGAAGACAAUAUCCGGAGUAACGAGAGGGAUGGUCAAGAUGCGAAUGGCGAUGAUUGCAUUGUACAGAACCAUCACCGCUCAGAGCAUGGGUUUGCAGAUUGAUGAGGGUCAGGCGACCUUGAGCUGA